AUGUCGGCUCAAGCGAAAUUUCUCGCGUGUCUGGAGAGGUUGAACGCCGCCGAGGCCAUGGUCGUGACGGGUGGCAGCAGUCAAGAAGAAGUACUAGCUAUACUACGUGGACUACGGACGGGACUGCGGGAUUAUCAAGAAGAGGUGGGAGAGGUGACUCCUGGUCCGCAGGAAGCACGCUGCCGAUACUGCCAUCACAAAGGGAGCAGGAGUCAGGGGGAGGAGGAGGACUCGACGUCGGCGGUGGCAGAGCUUCAGGCCCAUGACUCCACCACCCGGCUUACUUCGAGACCAGUCACUCCUCAGACUGAUGAAUCCACAAAUCGUCAGAUCGAAAAUAGCUCCACUACUGUUCCAAGCCAUGAUGACUCCACCACCAAGUUUACAUCAACGCCAGCCACUUCUGGAACCGAAGAAUGCACCACCCGGCUUACGUCGACGCCAGUCACUGCUCAUACUGAACACUCCACCAUUACUCAAAACGACAAUAGCUUUACUACUCUUCCAGGCCAUGAUGACUCCACCAUCCUGUUUACGGCAAGGCCGGUCACUUCUCGAACCAAAGAAUCCACCACCCAGCUUGCGUCCAGGCCAGUUACUCCUCAGACCGAAGCAUCCACAAAUCUCCAGAUCGAUAAUAGCUCCACUGCUCUCGAAAGCCAUGACGACUCGGCGGGAGAAGACACUGAAACCGACGAAUCCAUUCGUCUUCCAAGCCGUGGUGACCCGACGGACACUGAAACGGAUGAAUCCACUCGUCUUCCAAGCCAUGAUGACCCGACACCGGCGGCAGACCCUCAGACCAAUGAAUCCACCAGUCUUCCGACCCACGAUGACUCGUCGGAGUCUGAAACCGACGAACCUCCUCCCCUUUCGACCCACGAUGACUCGUCGGACUCUGAAACGGAUGAACCCACCAGUCUUUCAAGCCACGAUGACCCGUCGGACUCUGAAAUGGAUGAACCCACCAGUCUUUCAAGCCACGAUGACUCGUCGGACUCUGAAACCGACGAAUCUCCUCCUCUUUCGACCCGCGAGAACUCGCCAGACCCUGAAACCAGCACACAACUUGACUCCACUACAACUACACGCCUCCCGUCCAGGCCAUCCCCGCCGAAAGCGACCAACCGCCCCCGGUCCAAGUGGAGCUUGACCAUCCAAGAGAUGGGCGAGAACCUGGCCGCGAACAUCACCAAGCUCAUGGCCGACGAGACGUGUCUGGGCCUGGUCUCGAUCGCGGACUUUGACACGGACGUGGACUGGGCCGAUUUCGCCGCCGCGAUGGUCCCACCCGCAAAAAAGCGCGGCCAUGGGGUGGUCUACUCGAAAAGCUCGGUCUCGGGAGUCGGCCUGUUGGGGAACGCGGGCUCCAGGACGUUCCAGUUUCCCGACAUGUCCCAAGUCUCGUCAGAGGAGUCUCCGAGUCGUGAGGCCUGCCUGGACUACGUCCGUCAACUGAUCGACAGCCCUCCGAAGAAUGCGGUUCCUUACUACGUCGGCCCGCCCCUUUACCACGACGACGAGCGGUUUACGUCCCGGUUCGACGAUCUCUUGCAUCCGGGCCCGGCGCUCGCCGAGAUGCACCUCAUCGAUGGCGUCAACAAGCCGUGGCUCCACGCCGGCCUGAAGGGCUCGGGAACCGCCUUCCACUGCGAGGACGCAGACCUGGGGUCGUACAACUUGGUCCUCGGGGGCUGGAAGCUCUGGAUCUUGAUCCGCGAGAGUUCCCACCCGGCGUUUGAAGAGUUGGUCCGGAAACACUGGUCGUGCAACCGGUGUGAGCAGUUCGUCCGCCACAACGCACUCCUGAUCGGCCCCGAGACCUUGACGGCGAACGACAUCGAGUUCGACAUCCAUAUCGCGGGACCGGGGGAUCUCGUGUUUACCCGCCCGCGCCAGUACCACGCGGUCAUCAACGUCACGCCGUGCGUCGCCAUCGCCGUCAAUUUCCUCCCGCUCGGCCAACCGUUCUUACGCAAAGAUCUCCUCCUCGUUGUGUGCCCAAAGUGCGGGCUCUACAACCUCGACCUCGAGCAUCUCCAGAAGCAUAUGCAGCGGGUUUCCUACCGUCCGAUGCGUACGAAGACGACGACGAGGACCGUGUCCACGACGGCAACGGCAACGGCAAGCAACACGGCAGAGAAGAGGAAGACAGCACCGACCAAAAGUUCCCCGACGAAGUCCAAGAAGGCCCAAACCGCACCCGCCGCCAAAGACCUGCAGACCCAAGUCGAUCAGCUAUGCAAGUUGCGAGGAAACCGGCCGACGACUCAGAUGGCUUUGAAGCUGGUGGCGGCUAUCCGGAGCCCGCAGGCCAUCCACCAGUUCCGCGACCUCGUGGCCAGCAUGCGCGACCGAGGCUUUCACACCGCUCGCUUCGACGUCCGUGGCGAUCACUCACUCUGCGUCCUCAAACUGGCCACGAACGUCAACGUCUCUCAGCGCAAGUCGAAGCUCGAGACGUUCUUCGUUCGCCUCAACCAGUACCAUCUCGCGAUGGUGAUGGACCGUCUCAAGCUGGGGCGCAAAAGGUCUGAUACGGAGGACAUCACACGCGUUCGGCAAUGCACUGGAUGGAAUGACCGCCAAUACGCGGAGCAACGCACCCGGGGGAACAAGUGGAUACGGCUCUGCGACGGCGCCCGGUUCGACGGCCUCCUCUGCUUUAUGUUCCUGCACUCGCUGCCCGGAUCCGACGUCUCGCCGGACCACUACUUGAACAUGAGCGACCAAGACCUCCAGGUGUUCCAUCAUCUCCUCCUCCUCGACAAACAGACAGAAUCCGUUUGCGCGGCUGGGCAGGCGUUUCAACGGUCUUUGAACAGCACGAGCAUGGACACAGAGUUCUACUGGGAAGGCCAGAGCGUGGAUGUGGAUGUGGGUGUGGAGGAAGAUCCCGAGACGUUGCUCGCGUCCCUGAAGCCCUUUCCGACGCAUCCGACGCGUCCGACGGAGAAUGUCUAUGACCCAGGCAAGUAUCCCCACUGGCCCAAGCCACCCAACUGGCCAUGGGACUGGCCCGCGGACCCGACAUCGUUGCCGGCUGGCCAGUCCCGGUGCGACCUCUGCCGCAGCCCGCCCUGCCGGUGCGCCGCCGAACCUCAACGAGCCAUGCCGCGCAUCAAACACUUCGAGGGCCGUCGGGGCCUCCAGGCGGUGGCCAAUGGCCUGGGCCAACUGGCGUACCGGGCGGAUGGGGUGAUCGGGGUCUUUGCCGCCGAGCUGAUUCCUCUGGACACACGCCACCACGACGGAUGGGCCCUCGAGCUGGUCCGGGACGACAUCGGUGGAAGCGUGUGUCAAGUCUACGCCCGGGACAUGGGCAAUUCCUUCCGGCUGCUGCUCAACACUGCUGCCCGCGAGUCCAACGCCAAAUUUGCAAGCACGGUUGUCUCGGGGAAGUGGCGGAUCAUGGUGGUCGCCACACGGGACAUCUUGGACGGGGAGGAAAUCACUGUUGCUGUCACUGAUGGAACAGAGGGAUAG